UAUUGCUUUUUCAUGAUGGCUAACUUGUUCAUGUUUGUAUUUGUUGGUAUGGUAAUGACAUACCUUCAAAUAAUAGAGGCACAACCUAUUGGAGUAUGCUAUGGGAGAAAUGGUAACAACUUACCAUCAGCACAAGAUGUUGUAAAUUUUUAUAAAGCUAAUGGCAUAACAAAUAUGAGAGUUUAUGAUCCAAUUGCUGAAACACUGACUGCUCUUAAGGGAAGUAACAUUGAAAUAAUUGUUGAUAUUCCUAAUGAUAAUCUUCAAGCUUUAACAGAUCCAAAUGCAGCUGCAAAUUGGGUUAAUGCAAAUAUUGUGGCUUAUUCCCCAGAUGUUAAGUUCAAAUAUAUUAAUGUUGGAAAUGAAGUAUCCCCUAGUAAUGUUGCAACAUCUAAAUUUGCUCCCUUUCUUCUCCCCGCGUUGCAAAACGUGCAACAGGCGAUAACGAAAUUUCAACUUCAAGUUAAGGUCUCAACGGCUAUAGAGACGGGUAUUUUGACGAACACAUAUCCCCCUUCUCAGUCAGUAUUUAGAGGCGAUAUAAGCGAUUUCAUUAACCCACUUAUCGGGUUCCUGAAACAGAAUAACUUGCCUGUCUUAGCAAAUAUAUAUCCAUAUUUUGGUUAUCUUGGCGAUCCUGCUCAUGUGCCACUCCCUUAUGCACUAUUUACACAACAAAAUCCUGAUCCAUCAGGCUAUCAUAAUCUUUUCGACGCUAUGUUGGAUGCAACUUAUUAUGCAGUUGAGAAAGCUGGCGGAGAAAACUUGCCAAUUGUUGUUUCGGAAAGUGGAUGGCCAUCUGCUGGUGGAGAUGGAGCAAGCAUAGAUAAUGGCGGAACUUAUUACACUAAUUUGAUUAGUCAUGUGAAGUCAGGUGCAGGAACUCCACACAAGCCUGGAACUGCUAUAGAAACUUAUUUGUUUGCUAUGUUUGAUGAAAAUAUUAAGAUCGGGGCCGAGACUGAGAAGCAUUUUGGAGUUUUCCAUCCUGAUAAAACUCCCAAGUAUAAUCUUAAAUUCUAGAAAAGCAUUUGAUUUUACAAAAUUUGUAAUUCUUCAAUGAUUUUAGGUGAAAACUA